GUGACGGGGGUGCGGAAGUCGUGCUUCAGGCGACGUUCGUGAUUGGCCGCGGCCUAGGUUCCCGGGGGUGGGGUCAGGCCCUCCGACGCGCCGGGAGGAGCCGGGACGCGGGGCUGCCGCGGGGGCUGGCGCUGGAGUCCUGUAUUCGACCGGUGGUGCUGAGCGAGUGCUGGACCCGUGGCGGUCCCGGGCACCUGGCCUGCGCCAGUGCCUGCGGCUCGGCGUUCCCCAGGCUGAGACGCGGGCAGCUGCUGGAACAGGCGGGGUGGGCGGAGGGAGGCCGGGAGGCACGGGUGCCCUGUUCGCGGAGGAGGUGGAGGCGGCCGGGGCCGGGACGCCAUGUCCAUGGAGGACCCCUUCUUUGUGGUGAAAGGAGAGGUACAGAAAGCAGUCAACACUGCCCAGGGAUUGUUUCAGAGAUGGACAGAGCUCCUCCAGGACCCCUCCACAGCAACAAGGGAAGAAAUCGACUGGACCACCAACGAGCUGAGAAACAACCUCCGAAGCAUAGAGUGGGAUCUAGAGGACCUUGAUGAAACCAUCAGCAUAGUUGAAGCAAAUCCUAGAAAAUUUAACCUCGAUGCAACUGAAUUGAGUAUAAGAAAAGCCUUCAUUACAAGUACUCGGCAAGUGGUCAGGGACAUGAAAGAUCAGAUGUCAACUUCUUCUGUGCAGGCAUUAGCUGAAAGAAAAAAUAGACAGGCACUGCUGGGAGACAGUGGCAGCCAGAACUGGAGCACUGGAACAACAGAUAAAUACGGGCGCCUGGACAGAGAACUCCAGCGAGCCAAUUCUCAUUUCAUUGAGGAGCAGCAGGCACAGCAGCAGUUGAUUGUGGAACAGCAGGAUGAGCAGUUGGAGCUGGUCUCUGGCAGCAUCGGGGUGCUGAAGAACAUGUCCCAGCGCAUCGGAGGGGAGCUGGAGGAACAGGCAGUUAUGUUGGAAGAUUUCUCUCACGAAUUGGAGAGCACUCAGUCCCGGCUGGACAAUGUGAUGAAGAAACUUGCAAAAGUAUCUCAUAUGACCAGUGAUCGGCGCCAGUGGUGUGCCAUAGCCAUCCUCUUUGCAGUCCUGUUGGUUGUGCUGAUCCUCUUCUUAGUGCUGUGACGGCGGGGCCUCUGGGUGCGAGUUCCUCCUGCAUAUGAACCGAGGGGAGGAGGAGAAGCUGAGCCCGUGUGACAUUGCCGUCUACUCACAUUCCUAUCCCGGAAACAUACUGCUGCACUGACUUUUCUCCGUGUGACCCCACAAUUGACACAGCUCCUCCAUCCCAGCGCUGGAAGGGCCAGUGGGAAGAGGAAAGAGAUGUCUGCACUCCUGGCUGCGGCUGGACAGCAGAAGCCCCAUGCCGUCUGUCGUGUUCUGAGGAGAACUCGCUGCUGCCUUGCCUUCCAGGACCUCAUUUGCUCAGGAGGGACUCUGAGUCAUCCAGAGAGACUCACACACUCCACUGGUGUUUUGCUGUUGCUCAUUCCAUGCAUUUGGCAGCUCUUUUCUUCUGCUCAGACCCUUCCCCCUGCUCAGACAGUGCGCCGCUGUCCCAUCAAAAGAAACCUGUCAGGAAUGCGAGCUUCUGGGUAUGUUUUGUUUCCCAUCGCUGUAGCAUUUCUUAGCCCCUGAGAGCUGAUGAUUAUUGAGGACAGAAGGCUCAGAAACAGUUUGCGACAGAAAAUGCAGUGUUUCAUUUUUUCAGGGAUAAAUGCUAAGAUAAGAUUACUUUUCCGGGUGCAUUUUUUUUUUUUUUUUUUUUGUGGUAAGAAUAGCUAAUAGAAAGUAAUCACCCUAGGGUUUGGGGGCUGCUAAGAACUUUUCGCUUUAAUUGACGGGAGCAAUUAAAAAGAGCAAGCGGACUCUGCGUUGGCACAGCUUAGGGAGGGGUUGAUGAUGUCACCAGAGGUCAGAACCUGAUCCUUGCUAACUUGAUGGUGCCGUACCAGGAUUUCUUCCCCAGAGGUGCCGCUUGCAUUGUGAGGCUGAUUCCUGCAUAUGUUGUUGCUAAACAGCUCAGUAACACACAUGAAUGUAUUUGGAUUCCAGAUUGUCCUCAUCACAGUUCUUUUACUCGACAUUGGGGGUUGGGGUUGCAAGUGGUCAGUCCAUUUAUUAGAUUUAUUCAGAAACUGUAAUGCCAAAAAUGGUUAGCUCUGGGCCAAACUUCUCUUACCCUGUGGGUAAUGGUGAGGAUGUGUAGGUGAACUUGGUUCCUUUUUCUCCCUAAGAUGACAACUUGAGUUUAUCAUCCAGUCAAAUAACUGAGCCAAUCCAACUUCACAUGGUAGAUGCUUUAAUUGAGUUUAAAUAGCUGGAACUGCUGAGACACUAAACUUUAAGCUUCUCGUGACUUUUUAAAUGCCUCAAAUGUGCACAUGUAUAUAGGAUAUUUUUAUAACUUCCCUGAUGAAUAAUCUGAUAUUGAAGUAGUAUUUGGACCCAAAGCCAGAACUCAGUGGUGGAGGCUGCUGGUUUCUCCUCACCACCUUCUUUUGCACUUGGAAAGAACAGUAACAUCUGGAUAGAGUUCUAGCUUUGACUGCUCAUUUCCUUAUCUUUUUGGGUGCAUUCCUCAGCACACUUUUUUUUAACCUUUUUGUUUUGUUUGUAUUUCAUGUGGUUUUAUUUUGGGGUUUUGGUUUUUCACCUUUUUUGUGAUUUGCAGUGAUGCGCUUGCCCAGCUAACUUUUGAAUUGCACUUUUUAAUAAAUAUUUGUAACAAUUUUUUGAAGAAGCAUAUUUUAUCUCAUUUGAGAUCAUGGGUAGGUUCAGAAAAUAUGCCUGUGGAUGAAAGCUAAAAGUAAAUUUGUGAAACCAAAAGGGUGAUUGACAUUCAUGUUUACACUCUGCUCUAAUGUUUGAUAUAUGAAUAAGUUAUUUUCAAAUUAAGAAAAACAGUGACUAUUGCAAAGGGCUUCAGAUGUGUAGAGUACUAGGUUAUUUAUGUUUUAUAAAGUUUUAAUCUUCUAUAAACUGAGAAAGGGGGUGGUCCUUAGAUUUGCAUUAAAAUAUAGAAAUCUUUUAAA